AAAAGAGAAACUGAUUAAACUCGAGUAUUUAAAGUAGGCAACGUCCGAUAAUUUUGACAUUUGCAAAUCGACACACUUUGCAUUUGUUCGCGUUCUGGGGGCUGCACGCGCAACACGGUUACUCGAAAUCUUGGUAUACGAAAAUUAAUAAAUCCAUCAAUUUGACAGUUGCAAAAGCUCGUCGCGAUUGAAAUUCUUGCGCGUGUCUCUCAAAUGCGCGCGCGCCGGAAGUGGCACGAAACGUGUGGGCCUCGAAGUUACAAACAUGUUAUGCAAUUCAAAAUUAAAACGAUAGAUCAAACGAAGAAAACAUCGCGACAAUAAGCGGCUAACCUUCCUAAAAAGUUCAAAAUACACAGUGAAAUUUACGUAAGCGAUGAUGCCGCGAUAUUUGUAAUGCAAUCGUUCACGAGAAGGAAAUAUAUAAUUCUUCGAUUACACGUAUCAUUUCAUUCAUGCCAGUUCUAACGCUGUUGAACAACCAGUGAUCCAACUCAAUUGCGAUGCCCCACUGUACAGACAAUUUCGUUUGGUACUUAAGCAAGUUUAUCGCGGGCUUCACGGGAAUGCUCUUCUUUUACGUAGUUUUCCUGAAAGAGAGAGAACAGACUUGCCUAUGCAAAGCAAGAAUGAGAGAAUUCUUACGGCGCAGAGGGGAAAAUACUAACACCUGCCCCUUAGACAACCAGGCAGAUGUGGAUGCAAAAAAGGAGUUCGGACCAAAGUCUAUGAUUGCGGCUGUAGAAAACGUUUGGACAUGGUGUACGAAGAUUCGGGAAUGGUUCCACGAAAACGAUCCAUCGAUCGCAUCGGAGACUGCAUUUGCGUUGGGAAAGAGCCUUCCUAAAAAUGACAAUGACGUAACAUCGGUAAAUUGUACGUGCUGUGUGACAAUGUUCAACCAGAAAACCAAGCUUGCAGAAUCGGCUACGAGCAUACGAAAGAAACGAUUGGGUAGACGCUGUCUUUUUCGCCAUUGCAGUGGCCUCGUAUGCCCGCGAAAAUUUAUGAAAAGAAGAAGAAACAGGCAACAUUGUCUUCACCUACGUGUUUCUCAAGAAGCAAUUUCUGAUUAUUGGAAAAUGUGUGAAAAUAAAUCGAUACGCGAUGAAAAUGACAUCGACAAUGUAAAAAUGUACCAAGAAAAUGCAGACACAAAAGAAAAGAUUAUAAAAGAGAUACAUGAACAUAAAGGAGAAAUUCUGAAGAAGAAUGAUAAAUAUACGGCGGAAAAAAUUCCUUUGAAACGAAAUACCAAUGAAGUAGGUGUAAAAUUAGAGUCGGCACAUAAAUCUCCAUGCGUUUGUGCUAAUAACCCCUGCAAUAAUUGCGACAUCUCUUCAUUGUCUUUACAAAUUGUUAAAACUAAAUAUGAAGAGAAUGAAAAUAGUAAAAAAUUCAAUAAUUUCAUAAACAUCGGUGACACAGACACAAGAAUUUCACCGAAGUAUUUCAACGAAAAUACUUCUAAUGCUUUGGAAAAGAAGAAAGGUUUGUGCAAAACUAGUAUAAGCAACUUCGGUAAAACUAUUAAUGCAGAUGACCAUGUGAAUUCAAUUUUGUAUCACGAUAUACAGAAAAAAUAUGCUUCUACUGUUAAAAAAAAAUCGUCAAAAAAUUAUUUGGAGAUUGAAAAAUCUAUCGAAUUAAAGCUGACUCCUAAAUCAGAAAUGGGGACUAGAGGGAAACUUAAUUCGUAUCAAGAGUCAGACGUUGAUAGACUCGAGAAUAAUUUUCUGGGUAACAUGCGGAUGCAUUCUUUGAAACAAAAACAAAAACAUAAUUUGAAACGUCCCGUAAAUAAAUCGAUUACAAGAUUGCAAAACAAAUUUCGUAAUAUCGAUAACUCAGGCAAGCAGAAAAACAUUUAUCCUGUUUCUUCAUAUAAAAAUACAAUGUAUCAAAGAAAGCUGCUAGAACUCCCUUGUCAGAAUUGUUAUUACGAUACAAAAGGACGUAAUUAUGAUUGCCAAUGGAAGAGCAAUAAAAAACAAUCAUUACCGCAUUUGCAUCCCUAUCCUUCGACUCAACCACGACAUGAUAUAUCUAGGAAUUUACAGUCACAAAAGAGUAACUAUCAAUGUGAAUGUUUGAAAACGAAGAAGAAAUUCGAUUCGAUAAUUAAUCGUAAAUUUUUAUUGUCUCGUGAUAUCGAUUCGUUGAAGUCCAAGCAACAUGCCGAGAAACCGACUUUGGACUUCAUUUUCAAAAACAGAAGGUCUAAUAGAUCAAGGAAUUCGACGAAUUCGUUAUAUAGUUCGUCGAUUACCUCUACUACCACAGGUGAAAAACCUAUUCGUGACAAUUUAAGUACGUAUCAACAUUCAACCUAUAAAUCAUCACGUUAUACGAUGCCUUCAAAUGAUCAAUAUAAAAGUAAUAAGAACAGCACGGAAAUAGAUUCUACUUGUCUGUUAUCUUCGUCAUCGAGUUUAUCAUCAUCCAGACGAUGUUACUCUUGGACGUUAUUGCCGCAAUACCCUAUUUACCAUAAACGAGAACCGAUUUCUUCUUCUUCGUGUACAAACAUUCACAGGUGGAAACGAAGAUACCCGGUAAAUGAAAAAAGAACGAGCACCUAUCUUUCUUCCACUUCCUGUUCGUUGUCAUCUUUAUCAACAUUCAGAGACUACUAUUUAGAUGAAACAGAGAAGGAAACAAGACAGAUUCAGAAAUCAUGGGGGAAACCAAAAUUUCGCCCACAGAAGAAAAAGAUAAUAUAUACGGAUGAACGUCACGUUAGAUGGAAUGUUAAGAAUACGUAUUAGAACUAAGAAAGUGAAUAGUUACAGGAACAAAAAAAGAAAUCUGAAUUAUUGAAGUAAGAAAUAUAUAUUAAUCGUAGGAAAAUACGUA